UCCUGUGUCGCACACUGUUCCGGCUAAUCGGGAAGUACCUCAUUGCCGACAAUUGCGCGCGCCGGCCGCACGGAGCGCGCGCCGGCGGCCGCUGCGGGCGCGGUGUGCGGCCCGAGUCCAGUCUGUCCUCUCCCGCCCGCCCGUCCGCCGCCGGCCGUACCAUGAGCGCCCCUCGCCGCCGUCCGCUGCUGCCGCUGCUGCUGGUCGCCCUGCUGCUCCUGCUCGUUUGUGAGCCGACCGAGGCGAGAAGAGGAGGACGCCGCCGGGGAGGCAGCAGGAGGAACCGCUUCGGAAACGUGCCGAUCGACGGCAUGUACCGGAACCCCUCCGCCAAGACCUACUACAUGAACCCCAACGGCGCCCAGAUCAGCAAGUGGUCUCACUUCGAGUCGGAGUACAUCCUGGGAAGCAAGAUCGUCUUCAUGUGCACCGCCACAGGGAAGCCGAGGCCACACAUCUCCUGGUACAAGAACGGCAUCGAGGUGUACGCGCACAGCUUCUUCCAGAUCACCGAGUACAAGGUGGGAAGCAACGUCACCGUCUCUCGGAUGGAGAUCACCCCCGCCAAGCAGAAGGACGCCGGCUUCUACGAGUGCGAGGCCGACAACAAGUACGCCGUCGACCGGCGCGGCUUCCGAACAGACUUCAUCAUACAGAUGGAAUAUUCAGCGCCAGUAUCCUUGGCGACAGCAGCUCUAGAUGUCGUCAAGGCCAGCGGCACUGACACCGGACGGGCGGGCGUACCCGGCUGCCGGGGUGACCCAGGCCGGCCGACCUCUGCCUCCUGGCCGGAUGCGUUAAUAAGUCAGCUCUGCCGUCGCCCGGGCCGGACCAAUGGCGACCCGUCGGCCAUCACCGUAACGACCUGCCGGCGACGGUCGCUCUCCGGCAGCCGCCGCCGCUGCGGCGCGCUCACAAGGCGGUGGCGGUCCGGCCGCGCCAUGGGGCUCCGGCGCGAGCUGGUGUUGCUGCUGCUGGUGACGGCCGUCCUGCUGCCGCAGCCGCCCCGCGCCGACGCCAGCCUGCCCAAGUACUGGUUCAAACUGAAGCGGAGACUGCGUAACCACGUGUACAACAACCACCCGAUCGGCGGACGGUACCGCAACACCGAGACCAAACACUACUACGAGAACGAGGACAAGGCGCACAUUGUGAAGGCGUCGCACUUUGAGUCGGUGUACGAACUGGGCCACAAGAUCUCCUUCAUCUGCGUGGCCAGAGGCAGUCCUCGCCCAACCAUCACAUGGCGUAAGGACGGACAGGAGAUCCCCACUCACAAGUUCCUCAAGCUCUGGGAGUGGAAGCUCACCGGUGACCGUCUCAAGUCCAAGCUGGAGAUCGACCCCGCCUCACAAAUGGACAAGGGCAUCUACCAAUGUAUGGCGGACAACCAAUACGCGAUCGACGUGCGCGCGUUCCGGACCUCGUACGGAGACAGCUAACGGGGAGGCCUUAUAACACUAUUUUCAGUGUUCGCUGGUCACAAAUUUUGAUAUCUUCCUUGUUUCUUCGAUGCUAGAGACUACAAUAGUCGAAAUUAACCGGUUCACAUAAAUUCUUCAAUGGCAUCAUUAGAGUAAGACAUUCAAUCUAUUGUGUCAUUCGGUUUUAAUCUGGAGCGUAAUGCUCUACGAGAGAAGAAUUUCGAAGCUAACAAACUUUGUGUCCUCUAAUGUCGAGCUAAGAUGUCGUUUUAUUCACUAUGCAGAUGCAUAGACUGAGAUGUAAUGAUAUCCAAUGGAUGAGAUCCAGAAUAAUAAACAUGCUUUAAAGGCAGUUUUUU